AUGGCAACUGACCCAGGAGAGCCAACCGGCACGGAGGAGUCAUCUGGAGAGAAACCUGGUGCAGAGAGGGAAGAAGAGAAUGAGUGGACAGGGAACCAGUCAGCCAGCCAGAAGGAGAGACCGACACCACAGACACCGGAGAGAGGGGCUGGACAUGAGGAAGCCUCAGGAGCAAGAGCAGCAGAAGUCAAAAGACAAGAAGGAGAAGUCAGAGAAGUACAAGCGCAAACAUCUCAACCGAAGCGUGAGAACAAACGCUUCUUUCGGAAGAGUGUGGAACUCUGUGAGAAGGAUGAGCUCGUGGAGGAGGAGGACCUUCAUAGCAUCCCUCUCCCUGAGCUCCAUGCCUCAGACUCUGUAUUUAGUACUGGAACUAAGCAUGUACCCACUGAUGGCACCCAUGGUGGAGGCCUAGACCUGGAAAAGGGUGCUACAUCAGUGCCCAGACUAAAAGGAAGGGAGCGUGAGUCUGAGCAGGAGGAGGAGGCUGAGAUGAAAGCUGUGGCCACAUCGCCCGGUGGCCGCUUCCUUAAAUUUGACAUUGAGCUUGGCCGUGGAGCUUUUAAGACAGUUUAUAAAGGCCUGGACACAGAGACAUGGGUGGAAGUGGCCUGGUGUGAACUACAGGAUGGGAAGCUGACCAAGGCUGAGCAGCAGCGCUUCAAAGAGGAAGCUGAGAUGCUAAAAGGCCUCCAGCACCCCAACAUUGUGCGCUUCUACGACUUCUGGGAGUCAACUCUCCGAGGAAAAAAGUGCAUCGUCCUUGUUACAGAGCUCAUGACCUCUGGAACACUUAAAACAUACCUUAAGCGCUUUAAGGUUAUGAAACCGAAGGUGCUGCGCAGCUGGUGCAGGCAAAUCCUGAAGGGCCUGCAUUUCCUGCAUACGCGUACACCGCCCAUUGUGCAUCGUGACUUAAAGUGCGACAACAUCUUUAUCACAGGCCCCACAGGCUCAGUGAAGAUCGGAGACUUAGGCCUGGCCACACUCAUGAGGACAUCCUUUGCCAAGAGUGUAAUCGGUACCCCAGAGUUCAUGGCUCCAGAGAUGUAUGAGGAACACUAUGAUGAGUCUGUGGAUGUCUACGCCUUUGGCAUGUGUAUGCUUGAGAUGGCUACAUCUGAGUAUCCUUAUUCUGAGUGUCAAAAUGCUGCCCAAAUCUACCGCAAGGUCACCAGCGGGAUCAAGCCUGCCAGUUUUGAUAAAGUGAACGAUCCAGAAAUUAAGGAAAUCAUUGAGGGCUGCAUUCGGCAGAACCGAGACGAGCGGCUUUCCAUUAAGGACUUGCUGAACCAUGCCUUCUUUGGCGAGGACACAGGCGUGCGAGUGGAGUUGGCGGAAGAGGACACAGGUAGUCAGGACUGUCUGGCACUGCGCAUUUGGGUGGAGGAGCCUAAAAAACUGAAGGGAAAGCACAAGGACAAUGAGGCCAUUGAGUUCAGCUACAACCUGGAGAAUGACAGUGCAGAGGAAGUGGCAUUAGAGAUGGUCAAGUCUGGAUUUUUCCAUGAAAGUGAUGCAAAGGUUGUGGGAAAAUCUAUUCGAGACAGAAUAACUCAGAUUAAGAAGUUCCGCGCAACACGACAAAAGCGAGCCCUAGAGGAGAGGCGGGACUCAGGCCUGGCUUCUGCUUCCCUCACCACUAUUUUCACUACUUUCCCCUCCUCUCUGGGUCCUGGGGCUCCUGCUGUUCCUACUGCUGCCUCUUUGGGGGUCACUGGGGGACACAGGGAGGGAGAGGACCUGCCAGAGAUGGAGCAACACACUCAAAAACAGAUCCCAAUCAGCAAUGCACAAGGCCCCAUAGAAAUAGACAAAAUCUCUGCAAUCAGUGGAGAAUCAUUUACAGGUGCACAGAGCCAACCCUGUUCAUCAGCAGUCGACUCUGGAAUCUCUUUUGUUAACACUCAGACCAGUUAUCCCACUGGGACAUCUAAACUACCACUCUCUUGGAAUCACUCUGCUCUAGUCGGUCGAGAGGAAUCUCAGUUGACAUUGGUUAAUGGAAAGCUGGAGAAAAUAAAGACUCAACGGAGAUCUUCCUACCAACGACCUGAGAGAACCACUCACUUUCAGCUAAGCAUGCUACAGGUAUCAAACAUUGGAGACAACAUGGUGGAGUGCCAGCUCGAAACUCACAGUAACAAGAUGGUCACAUUCAAGUUUGAUAUUGAGGAAGAUGCACCUGAAGAUAUAGCAGAUUAUAUGGUGGAAGAGGACUUUGUCCUUGAAUCAGAGAAAGAAAAAUUUGUAGAGGAUUUGAGGGCUAUAGUGAAGAAAGCCCAGGAGAUCCUUAGCACUCAGUCAACGACUGGAUCCAUGGAGCAGCUACAUGUAAGCACACCAUCAAGUUCAACAGACUCUGCCCCUCAGUCUUCUCCAGUGGGUCGCUGGCGAUUUUUCAUCAACCAAACCAUUCGUCAUCGUGACUCCCAGUUCAACCAUGAAGCCUCCACUGCUUCACCAGCAGGGGAGAGGCAGGGCCAGAUUGAGCAAGCCUUGUGUCCUGAUGUCUCUAUUCCUGGUACGACUGCCUUGGACUCCGCCAGCUAUAUUCCACCAAAACAUCACAUGUCCCCAGGAGAUACGGUCAUUCAAGACAAAGCAGCUACCACCCAGCCAGGUUCAGGGAAAGGGUCUGCAACCGCUAUUCAAGCCACAGUCCCCGAAGAAACAUCUUCUGUUCAUGUUACAGCCUUUCCUGUGGCUGAUCACGAUCAUACCUUUGCAUCUAGCAAGGAUAUGAGCAUGGGUUCCAGUUUUGGAUUUGGUUCUGAAGAUGCUGCUGCUAUAGUGCACAGCAUGCCUGAAGAUAAACCGCCACUCUCUGAUAGUUUGGCUCAGAGCACCCUGUCAUCUUGCAUGUUAAAUCAUGUGGAACAGGUGCAGCAGUUAUCCCACGUGGCAACAAUGCAGAAACCUGAGAUACUCCAGCAAGGCCUGCAAUCUCAACCACUCACAGAAGCCUAUUCAGUACAGUUUCCAAAGGGCAACACUGAUCAAUCACCGAUGCAGCAGAAGCUUCUGCUACAGCAACAACAGUUGCUACAGACUAAGCCAGUGAUGACAGUGUCCCAGUACAUAGCCCAUGACAAAGUUUCUUCAGCUGCAGAGCAACACACACAGCCUUGUCAAGCUGAGCAUCCAGCAUCUCAUUUUCAUCCAGUGCAACAGUCGAUUCUACAGCAAAUCCCAUACCAAAAGGGACAGUCAGAACUUCUACUGGAACCACUUGGCCAGCAGAGUGUCCACUUGCAGUCACAUACCAGUCUGGAACAGAUGCAGCUGCAUGGUGCAGUGCAGCAGCAGGCAGUUUCACUACAGCAGUAUGUGCAACAGGAAACAGUGCUGCACACUAAAGCACUUACCGGUACUAUACAAUCUCAGCAAAAAUUAGAAACACAAGAACCCUUACAGCAUAGAGCCCAAGCUCAGUCUUUGGUCUCAGAUCAGGUCCCUCCUGAGGAAACACAACCCCAGCCCAAGCUAGAGCAGGUGCCUCAGCCUGCAUCCCUGCUUGUGCAGAAGCAGCUUUCUAUCCAACAGUUGGAAUCAGAGCUCUCUACAGGACAGAUCACUGCCACAGAUGAUUCUUUCAGCCAAUCUGCUCCUUUGCAGCCAUUGUCUGAUGCCUCUCUCCCCCCUCUCUCAUUCUCAGAGACAGCUUUGCCAGCUCUGGCUCAUGUGCUCUCCCCUUCUCCUGCCCAGCCUUCUUCAGUAGCUGAGUCAGACAGUGAGGGCCCCCCAAAAAUUGAAUUUGUUGACAACCGUAUAAAGACACUGGAUGAGAAGCUGAGGAAUCUGCUCUAUCAGGAGCACAGUGGCAGUGGGGCCACCAUCUCCACCCAUGCUCCUGACCUGUCCUCCUCCUUAGGUCCAGCUGCCACAUCAACCAGGGGAGAGGAGUCAUCUGAGUCUCACAUAUUGCCACCCUCCACCUUUCCACUUCCUCCUCCCUGCUCUUCAGACACUUCUCCACAUUCCUCCUCCUGCAUCACCUCUUCUACUACCUCUUGCUCUUCCUCCACUACAUCAGACAGAGAAAGGGAGAGAACAGGAGAAGAUUGCAUCACCCAGAACACUCCAGCCCCCUCCAUUGCUGUGGAGCACCAACCUGCCUCAUCCUUCCCCUCCACUUCCCCAUCCUGCUCCCUCCUUUCCCCUCCACAGGAGACUGUGCCUGGACCUAUAUCGCCACCCAGUGAAUCUGCAGUCCUUGCUGUCCCUUCCCCUUCUGACAGUGCUGCCAUAGAUGUCCUCCAGCCUUCCUUCUCCCAGCAGUCCCUUGCGCCAACAGAUGGACAGCAGCAGAACAAUGCAGGAGGUGGAUAUUUUGGCCUAAACCUGACUUGUCCUAGUAUCAGAAAUCCCGUUAGCAAGAAAUCCUGGACUCGCAAAUUCAAAAGCUGGGCGUGCAAACUACGCCACUCCACCAGCUUGUUCAAGAAGCCCAGAGUCCUGCAAGAUGGGAAUUCUAGCAGUCAGGGAGUGAAAGAGGACAGGGAGACCCCCUCAGAUACCCAACCAUGUGUGCACAGAGGACGUUUCCAGGCUAAAGUAACCCAGGCACUUCCAGUCAGCAAACUCAUGACAUUACCUACACCACAAUGUCCCUGGUCCUACAUCAUCAUUGACUUCAUCACAGAUCUUUCCAAGUCCCAGAAUAACACAGUGAUCAUGGUGACUCCAGUAACCCAGCCCAAGGACCUGACUCCCACAGAGAAGGUAGCCUCGAACUGUAAAAAUGUUCCCAAGACAGUGGGGCGCUUUUCCAUCAUGAAGGCAGAGGAGAAAGAGGAGCAGCUUACCGACAGCUCGCCUAUCUCUCCAGACCUGGAGAAAGAUAAGAGGAAGACAAAAGCAAAGGAUGGAGAAAAGGAAGAAAGAACAAUCCUGGUGGGCUACCACCAUCCAGCACGUAGCCACACACACUCUCCAACAGGAAGCAGUGGUGAUGAGAGUGAGGUAGAGGAUGAGGACCUGAGAAGGGAACUGCAGAAACUAAGAGAAAAACACAUCAAGGAAGUGGUGUCACUGCAGGCACAGCAGAAGCAAGAACUACAGGAGCUCUACAGGCAACUGCGCAAUCUGAAAGAUCACCAUCAGUCCCCUUCAAUCCCUGCAACCUCACUGGCCAUUUCUCCCCGCAGACCCCGACCCUCGAAACCUAAACCCCGCCCUCGUCCUCAUUCCCACACUGACAACAACGGAGUCACACUCCAAGGUUCUCUCCAGCAAUCCAGCAGUUACUCUGGUGAAGAGCCAAACAGACUACAUUCUUACUGCAAACCUGAAAAAACAGCUUCACUGACUUCUAAAACAGCCCAAGGUUUAUCCAGUCGAGAGAGCACCUUCACAGACAAACUGCACAAACUUGUAGAUGAUUGGACAAAGGAGUCCAUUGGACCUGCCAUCCACAAACCAUCGCUCAAUCAGCUCAAGAAAAUUCAGCAAGUGCAGGAUUUAGGUGGCUGGAAUCAGCUCACUGAGGCUUCACCUGCAGCUUGGUUCCCGACAAUCUCCCAAAACAUCAGGAGUGCUCCCAUAUCAGCCAGCAGCACAGGAGGCCAUGCCCUUCCAGCCUGCACUCAGCCCUCCAUCCCUCCUUUAUCACAGCAGAACCUCCACAUGCAGACCCAGUGCUUUCAGCCACUUCAGUAUGGCCAGCCCAGCAUGCCAGGCUCUAGUAUACCCACCUCUUUGGUGCCCCCCUCCACUCCUUCCUCUACAUCUAUACCAGCCCCACCAACCACUAUUGCCUCAGAGGAGAGUAAAGCUUCCCACUUUGAGAAUGUGAAAGCCAAACAUGGAUUCUAAUUCUU